AUGUCGGGCUCGGACGAGCCCUUCUCGCCGGGGCGUCCGUGGUGGCGCCAAGAGCGGCGCCACGUACCGUCGCCAGCGUCGCGCACGAAUGUGCUCGUCGAACGCCGGCAUGUGCUCCCGGUCGUCCACCCGGUGGUCGACCACUUUGCCAAUAUCCCGACCAAAAUUCGGCCGCCGCCGCCCGAGCCGCGGCCCGAAGGCGUCAAGCGGGUAGCCAUGCCGCUCGUGACCGAGAGUGAGCGGCCUCGCGGUAUUCGCAUCAACGCCAAUACGUACGUGCCUCAGAGCCCGGUGCAGCGGCACAAGAUGAACUCGCCGCACAAGAUUCGACUCGAACAGCAAGCGCGCGACUACGAAACGCGGCUCGAGUCGUGGAUGGGUUCCAAGCAGCACCGCGAGUACAUUGACGAGCGCAACCAGCUGCCGCAGCACACAAAUCUUGGCGACAAGAGCUACCACCGCGUCGAUUCGUCCCCGGGAUUUUUCAACCUCAAGUUGCAUCCCAAGUUCCAAACCCAAAACAGCGACCACAACAACAACAACAAUCCAUCGUCGUCACGCGGCGAGAGCAGUCGGAGAAAGCUCAGCGAAUCGCCCAUGAGCUACGAGAUGAAGAAGAAGGUCCAGAUGCGGCUCCUUGAGAAAGAGAGCGUCGGUCUCCUCAGUACUUCGAAAGGCGCAACGAUGAGCUGGGAAGAGACCACGGGCCUCCGGACGUGGACGAGUCGCACCGAUACACGCGUCGAAGUCGACAAUAAAUAA